ACAUUCAUAUUACAUUUUGAAGAAAAACUAAGGUGAUAUUCGAAAUCAGCGCAUCAAACUACACCGAAUGAUAUGUAGCGCAACAUAUUUUUCAAAAAAAACAUUUUUGUCGAAAAAAAGGCUGAGGCCCUCCCCAGCUUUUUUUGAAAAAAAUUUUUUUCUUAAAAAACCUUUUAUUUUUCUUAAAAACAGUUCUCUGAGCGGUAUACUGUCAUUUCUAGUCAAAUGAAAGUCAUUGCUAAGCAAAAAAGCCGCAUGUCCGCCUGCUCAUGUGAAAGCUCCCCACUGUGAUCUGUACAUACAUAUAUUUCAGUAUAUUUAUCAAACAAUUAGUACUUUUGAGAUAAUGAUUGUUGUAUUCUGUCAGGUUUCAUAUACACUAAUACUCAAAACGAAGGAAAAGCUCUUUAGAUAUUUUUCAUAUAAUAACUGCACAAAUGAUGAUAUUGAGCAAUGCCUAUACUUCUUUUUGUCUGGUUUCCUGCAAUCACGAUAUCAUUUCUUUUAAAACAAGAAUUGAUAAGUUCAAUAUUUUCUUAUUUGAAAUCAUUAUUUAACACAAUUGAAAGGCUUCUCAAUUCGUAUAAGACUACUAUUGACAAUAAGAAGACACUAUGAGCUACAAAGUUCGGGUUUUACACUAGAUAUCACAUUUUUAGAUUUCAAGUUCGUAUUUCUAAAUCGUUAAAACCAUCUAAAUCAAUUCACUUCAGUUCUCUUAAAAUUGAUAGAAAAAAUCAAGCCGGUCCGAUUCCAAGCUUGAACAACUGUCUACCAAAAUAGAAUACAUAUAGCAGUUCUAAUUGUCCCUCGAUUUCAUUGGCAUGUAACUGCAAAUCAUAACAUACCCUAUUGAAUUCUUUUCAAAAUAUUUCCACUACGUUUUAAUUAAUUUAAUUAUUCUUAAUUUUAGACACAACGAAAGAUAAUCUUGAUUUAUUAAAAAAACAAAUAAAUAAUUUUCAAGACAAUGAACAAUUACUUAAUCAACAAAUUUUUACUCUUCAAAAAGAAAGUCAAAAUCUUGAACAACAAUUAAUAGAAAAUCAAUAUUCAAUUGAUUCAUUAAAAACUAAUUUACAAUUAACAUUAAAUGAAAAUGAACAAUUGAAACAACAAUAUGAUGAAUUACAACAAAAGAAUAAUUUACUUAUUAAUACUAAUCAGAAUUUAACAAAUCAAUUAAAUGAAUAUGAACGACAAUCUUCUGAUUUUCAUUCUCAAGAUAUUUCAAAACAAAUGAUUCAAAAAGAUAUUCGUCAUACACCAAUUCAAGAAGUUCAAAUUCAUAGAAUAACUCCUGUUCGAUCAACAUAUUCUCCAAAUAUCGAAGAAGAACUUCGUCAAUUACGAACAGAUCUUACUGCAUCUUCAGCUCAUUGUUCACAAUUAGAAGAAGCAAAUCGUGCUUGGCAACAAUUUCAUCAAAAUCAACUUGAAUUAUUUCGUCAUAAAUUAAAAGAUUCAAUUCCAUUAGAUGAAAAUUUUACACUUGAACAAAUAGCACAACAUAUUCUUAUUUAUAUUCAACAAUUAGAAAAUAAUAAUCAAUUAGGUAUGACAUAUUUCAACAUAAAUAAAAAUUAA